AUGGAAUAUGAACUGAACGCUAGUCACACCCUCCUGCUGAAGAAGAUCUUCAUUCUAUUCCGCCAUGUGUCCUCCAACAUUCAAAUAGUCGCCACAAACAACGGGCUGAACCUGUACGCACUCAACGGAUCAAACUCGGCGUGGCUGCACAUACAGCUCGGCAAACAGUUCUUUAGGUCAAUACAGCUGCAGGAGCACGACCAAAGGGAGGAAGACGGAUUCGAAACGACCCAGCAAAAAUACUGGCUAGUUUCCACCAAAAACAUCUGCCAAGCCCUCUCGAUUGUCUCGCCGGCCGGCUACAGGAGCCAGGGGUACUGCGCGGUGUUCCUAAAAGACGUGGGACAGGGCGAUGACAACACCGUGAGGACGACGGUUGCACUGGAGAAACUCGUCAUCAGAGAGGAGGCGGAGCACGGCAACGUUCUUUCGUUUAUUCUGAGCUGUGCGGGAGAGCACAUUCAGCGAUCGGCCAUCAUAUCCUACGAGGAGCAGAAACUGUCGGUGCCGGAUGAUGUGGAUUGGCUCCAUUGGCACUACCUCAGGAUCCAGCCGACCAUACUGUAUAAAAGCAUAAACCCGUACUGGUCGCCAUUCGACGAUAUCGCCAUAGCAUAUGAUUCAAAAAAGGAUCAUGUGUCCCUGACGAUCGUGAAAAGCUCAGUGAAAAACGCAGGAAGGACCAAGACCAGGGCAGGCAGGCGAGCGGGCAUCUCCGGCAAAAUAACUAUAAACAGCAGUCACUUCCUAAAGUUGAAAUUCGACGAAAGCGUGGAACCGCCCAAGGACAUCAUCAUAUCGUUGAAAGAGCUUCUAUCGCUAUCUUCAUUCUGUGAAUCGCUCAAGAGCCCCCUGUCGCUGCUGCUGAGACAUGCAGGGGACCCCGUGAUAGUGCUCUUUGGGGAAGCAGUUGACCUUGCGGAAAACACAACAGGUCAAAUUAGCAUCCACCAAAUCAUCGCCGAGGCUGCGGGGCAGGAAUACGGAGAUGCAUACGACACCCUGUUCCUCACAAACCAAAACAAGGCUUGGAGUGGGUCGCUCUGGCUGAGCUCCAUACAACAAGAAAAUAACGAUGCAGAAGAGUCCACGCAAAUAGCAGAGUCUGUCAAAACAUUUGGAGCCACACCGACAGAGUACGGACCAAGGACAGACCCAGCGUCGGUCUCAGAGUCGUUUACGGCGUCUGUUGCAGAACGGGUUCCGGAGCCGGUUCAAGAACGGGUCAUAGAACCCGCUACGUCACCGGUUAGGGCAACUCCCAAGUCAGAAGCCAGAGAUAUCUACCAGGAGAUAUUUGAAGAGCCGUCACCUGAGAAAACUCCCACACAGGAGACGCCACCCGGAUUCGGCAACCUGAGCAGGCAGCAGAGGGACCUCAUAUACAGGACUUUGGCGCUAGAUUUUAUGCCAGGGUCCAAAUUGGAGUCCGUCAAAGCAACAAACAGCAACGUUGGAAGCACCCCCAUUGGUGGCAGCGAAUACGAGAGCACCCUCGAAGGAUCGUUAGACUCCGCGCCUCGGGAUAGGGAGGAAACGGUCUAUGACCAGUUGGCUGGGAUAUGGUAA